GGUCAAGUACAGUGCGCAUGUGCAGCCGGUCUCCGACAGUACCAUAGCAACAGCAGUGGACAUCAGACGCGAACAUGGCAAAAGCAAUGACUGUGAAAGACGCGCUGGCCAAAUGGGAGGAGAAGUCAGGCGAGAAACGAAGCGAGGCAAAAGCCGUCAAGCUGUACGGUCAGAUUCCUCCUAUAGAGAAGAUGGACGCAUCGCUCUCCACGCUAACAAACUGCGAGAAACUGUCUCUGUCCACAAACUGCAUCGAGAAGAUAACAAACCUCAACGGCCUGAAGAACCUGAAGAUUUUGUCUUUAGGAAGGAACAACAUCAAGUCGUUCGCAGGGCUGGAGGCUGUAGGUGACAUACUGGAGGAGUUGUGGAUCUCUUAUAACCAGAUAGAGAAGCUGAAGGGAAUCCAGUGCCUGAAGAACCUGAAAGUCCUCUACAUGUCCAACAACCUGGUCAAAGACUGGGGAGAGUUUGUGAGGCUGGCGGAGCUGCCGUGCCUCGUUGACCUCGUGUUUGUCGGAAAUCCUCUGGAGGAGAAACACUCGGCCGAGGGGACGUGGAUGGACGAGGCCACGAAGAGACUCCCUAAUCUGAAGAAACUGGACGGAACUCCGGUCAUCAAGCAGGAAGUGGAUGAAGGAGAAGGAGAGAGCUGAGAGGCGUGAGCCCUGCGUUCCCUCAGAGUCUUCCUCUUUUUUUGAGUUUUCUGUGGUUUGUUACGGUGCUUUCUUUUAUAUGAACCAUUUUUAAUGACAGCACAAACUUUGUUGUAGAUCAACAAGCACAAGAAUGUUUGUUUUAGAGUUUUUAAAGCUAAUUUCCUAAAAGCUGUUUACAGCCUUUUACUGACCAACUGGGAUUUUAAAGCUGAUUGUUGUUAACUGUGACGGUGCAAGAGCAUCAAAUCCUCCUGUUCUCAGACUGUUAGCAUCACACCAGGUGUUUCUGGCUGUAAAUACUGAACUCUGUGUUCCCUCCGUUCACAUCACACUGGACUAAAACCAACUUUAUAAAGUAGACACUACAUCAGACAAGGAAAACUGCUCAGCAGUGGUGUCAGCAGCUGUUUGAGUAAUAAUAGAAGAAGACUAAACACUGGAAGAGUCACUAAUGGUUAAAUAGUUAACGCCACUUUUUAACGAGUGCUGCUCCCUACAGAGCCUACCUCCCACCUCCCUGGACUCCAGCCUCUGAGGCUGAAAAAUGGAGCUGUAGUUCCUCUAAUGUCCACCAGAGGCUGUCUCCAAACGUGCUGCCUGCCUUUCAUUGGUUACUGUGUGUGACCUGUAAAUGACCCCUUUAGUGCCUGAGCUUAACCACUUCUGAAACUGCCACCCCUACAACCCACUAACGUUGAGGUCGUAGGUCUAAAAACGACUCACGGGGUUGAUCGUGCAUCAGAGGAUGUCGAUGUGGGAGUGUGAGGCUGGGCCAGGUGAGGCUCCGCCCACUGGCUCUGGAGUGAGCAACCUCUCAAAUGUGUCAGUCACAAUCCAGCCAAUAGUGGCGUCCUGCUGUGCACUGAUAUCAGCUGACCUGUUAGAAGUUGAGCUUCUGAUGGGAAACAAAGGGAAUAUCUCUGUUUACGCUCUGCUGCUGCCUCAGAUCAGCCUCCUCUGCUCGGCGUGUGUCACUCGGCGUGUGUCACUCGGCGUGUGUCACUCGGCGUGUGUCACUCGGCGUGUGUCACUC